ACCAAUUGCACUCAAGCCUCCUAAUCUAAUUAGUGUAUAAGUGAUAAUUAAUAAUAAAUAAUAUUGUCAGAACGUGCUAUAUAAGCAUGCUAGCUAAGGAAAACUUCACAAUAAAAAUAUAUUAUUUCUACUUAGUUAUCAAGAUAAGUAGAUACGUGGCAUUUGCAAUCCUCAUAGCCAAUGUAGUUAGAAGUUAGAGUUAGUUCAGUAAGUGCAUUUAAUGUUUUGAAAGAAUAUUUGUGAUUCCCCGGUGUUGAAAGUGCAAGUUAAAAGAGUUUGGAAUAUAUUUAUUUGAAGCAUAAAUUUUAGUGAAAACAUGUCCAAAACACCUAUAUCAAUUUUGCAAGAACUUAUGGUACAAAAGAAAGUAAAUUUACCAGAUUAUUACAUUGAAAAUUGUGAUAUACCUGGAGCUACUUUUAAGUGUACUGUAAGAGUUGGUUCUGUUAAAGCUAUUGGUUAUGCUUCGACAAAAAAAGAAGCUAAACAAAACAGUGCAAAAAAGGCAUUAGAAAUGUUGGGGUAUGGAAGCAGCAGUAGUACUGUUUUACAAAAGGAAAUAACACUGCUUGUUAAUUAUUCCACAAAACAGGCUCCUUUUAUUAAUUAUGUUGGAAAAUUAAACGAAUUAGCUUCAACACAUGGCAAACCUUAUCCUGUAUACCACGAUGAACCUAUGCCUAAUGCCAAUGGAAUUUUUGUAACCAAAUGCAAUUUUUUAGAAUUUUCUGCUCUAGGUUGUGGUUCAAAAAGGAAGGAUGCAAAACAAGAUGCAGCAAGAAAUAUAUUAGAUAAGUAAGAUUAUAAUUUUAUUAUAUGGAAUUUAUUACUACUUUGUGUGCUACUUA